CCCUAGAAGUAAAGUGACAUCCUUGUCCGUCAGGCCGUCAGCUGCCGCCAGCAAGAUGUCGACCGCCGAGUUGAAUCCGAGACCUUUGCGAGUUUCUCCCUUCAUCAAGUUUUGCCGUUGGAGUCUGCUCCUUACUGGAAUCGCUUAUGGCGCGUAUCAUCACAGAAGAUUCAAGAGAAUAGAAGAUGCUCGCAGAGCAGAGGAGCUGAGGCUUAAACCUAUGCGCGACGCUAAGCUAGCCGAAGAGAAGAGACUUGCUGUAUUAGCGGAACAAAAAAUGUUAGACGAGUUUUUUACUCCAGCCAAGACACCAUAACCGCAAUUUGUUUGGCGUUAGUAUAUAAAUAUAUACAUACAUACACAUAUAUGUAUGUAUAUGUGUGCGUGUGUUACGAAAUUUUGAUUGAUUUGUAUGUAUCUAUAAAACUAGUCGACAUGCUACUUCAACAUCAUUGUCACUAUCACAGAUAAGUUCUUCUUCUGUUGUAUAAAAAUAAUAAAUAAAGAUCUGUGAAAAUAUAA